AUGGCUGGAUCAGAAGUACCCUUGAUACUCCUGGGCUGGCCAUUGGAACCGACACAGCACAUUGCAGCCGCUAAAGACUGUGCGACGUAUGCUAAAAGUGUGCUCAUGAUGCCGCCGAGAACGCAGACGAUACUAUCAGGCUCGCCGAAUAAUGCCAUCAAUAGUGCCGACAUUGAGCGUGCUGGAAGUCCCACCAAGAUGUACCCUCUGCGGGACUCCCUCGAUAUUCAUCGCUACCCAAGCCCUGUCUCACUGCCGCCCCACCUCGCUCCAAUCCUACCGGCUCAGCGUCAAGGAGUCUGA